ACUCCUGCUUUGCCUUCACCUCGCCGGGCCCCUGUGCCCGCCUGAUGCCUUCCAGUCGCCGUUUGCUUCGUACCCUCUGUCUGCCGGCGCUUUCCAGCUGAGCAAGCGUUGUUCCUGAACCUUCUUCCAGAUGGCGCCCGGCAUCCUGGAUGCUAGCCACCACGCGUGUGCCGAAUCACGGCCGGCGAAAAAGAUCAAGUUAUCGUCGGCGGCGAAUGUCCAGCCCGACGAUGCGGACGAUGUGGCGACUGCAAUUCCUCCCCACCCGCUGCACGUCAAGCCCGCGGGCAAUGCCUACACCGCAUCGGAGAAUCUAAAGUCACGCUGCGGCUCGUUCGCAACGCUGCCUGACGAGCUACUCAGCCUCGUUCUUGAGUCAUUCAAUGCUGACCAGCUUGUGCGGUUGGGAAGCACAUGUCGGGCAUUGUACGCCUUCACUCGGUUCGACGAGCUGUGGAGGGCCUUGUUUGUAGGAUCGCGCCCUGAGGACUUCGUUUGGCGUGGGACGUGGCGCACAACCUUUCUUCGAAUACCCCAGGAGCAUGUGACUUCCAUCUCCUGCAAAGACCUCUUUUCGGACGUCCUUUAUCGUCCUUUCCAAUGCGCUCACACUUCUCUCGAACCCUUUACUUCAAACAUUCCUAAACAGAAUGCUAUCCAGCGGCUCCCCGACCUUACUCGGGAUGAGUACGCCGAGAAGUGGACCGACAAACCCUUCAUUCUUACCUCGCCGGUGAAAGAAUGGCCAGUCUACGGUAAAUGGACGCCGCAGUAUCUUCUAGAGAAGUAUCCGGACGUCAAAUUCAGAGCCGAGGCUGUCGAUUGGCCCAUGGCCAAGUAUAUGGACUACAUGUCAAAUAGCAGCGACGAAAGCUCCCUCUACCUCUUCGACCGCGGCUUUGUGGAGAAGACGGGCAUAACUCCAGGCCGCGAUGCAGUGGAGCCAGCAUAUUGGUCGCCAGACUGCUUCGGCGAAGACCUUUUCAGCGUACUCCGAGAGCACCGCCCUGACUGUCGUUGGAUGAUCAUGGGUCCCAAGCGUAGCGGCAGUACAUUCCACAAAGACCCCAACGCCACCAACGCAUGGAACGCGGUUCUCACUGGCUCCAAAUACUGGCUCAUGUUCCCUUCGUCGCCCACGCUCCCGCCUCCGCCCGGCGUCAUUCUCUCAGACGACCAAUCCGAAAUCACAUCCCCCCUCUCCAUUGCCGAGUACUUCCUAACCUUCCACUCUCUGGCUCGCGAGACACCCGGUUGCCGCGAAGGUAUCUGCUACGCAGGCGAGAUCCUGCAUGUCCCGUCAGGCUGGUUCCAUCUUGUCCUGAACCUAGAAGAUGGUCUCGCUUUGACGCAAAACUUUGUGCCCAUAAAGAAGCUAGCCGACGUGCUUGGCUUCCUGAGGGAUCAGAGAGACCAGGUCAGCGGGUUCAAGGACGAAGUGUGCGAUCGGGCAUAUGAGCUCUUUGUGGAGAGGCUCAGGGAGAAUCAUCCGGAGAUUCUGGAGGAGGGACUCGCAGAACUGGAAAGGAAGGGUAAGAAAGGGCGAGGGAAGUGGGAGGAGCUUACGAAAAUUGGUGAUGAGGAAGAAGAAGGAGCAGGCUUUAGCUUUGGGUUUGGAGGUGACGACGACGAUGCUGAUAUCCCGUGAGCUCCUCCCUAGGCUAGAGUCUGACUAGCCUUUCGAGGCCAAAAGUACAUAGAAUGGAC